AUGGAAGGAAGACUAGGAAGAAGGGUAGAGGUAUAUAUCAAGAUUGAAGUCAAUCACGCCUUUAGAAUACAAAAAGCUUUAUGUCACGCGGAGAUUAUUGAUCAUCAAAACAAAACUCAUGUACAUCCCCUCCGCACCACCAUAAGUAUCGCAUCUAGAAAGUCGAAACGUCGACAUCUGAACCGUAUGACUUCAACAAGAUGUCCGAGUUUGUAUGUCGAAGUUGAGAUACUGGCAUGUAAAACUAGACUGCUUGAAACAGCUGGAAUCAUGCAAGAGACCUCAACUGACGUAUCAGAAUUGAUUAGUCCGCACAAACGUCUUCAGGAUAAAUUACGAAAUCGAAUUGUGGGUUACCCCCGAGGCUCAGCAAAAGCUACAAGUAGUAUGUAG